AUGACCUCCUCUUCGCACUUAAAGUUUGUGGCGGUUGAACUGUUCGUGUACGAUUUGAGCGACGGCUUAGCCUCUGCGCUUUCCGAGCAACUCCUUGGGAAGAAAAUCGACGGCGUGUGGCACACGUCCGUGCAUAUUUUCGGGAAAGAGUACUGGUUUGGCCACGGAAUGCAAGUUGGAAUUCCAAAGCAGACGCAGUUUGGCGUUCCGAAACAGAUCUUAAAAAUGGGCGAGACGCAAGUCGACGAGGAGUUAUUCCAAACGUUUCUGGACGAAAUACACCCACGGUUUAACGUUGGCACGUAUAAUUUGUUGGAACACAAUUGCAACAACUUCUCGGACGAGUGUUGCGAGUUUUUAGUCGGGAAGAAGAUUCCCGAACACAUCGUUCACUUACCGAACGAAGUCUUGAAUACGCCCUUUGGUCGAGCGAUUACGCCAAUGCUCAAAGUCAUGGAAAACAGAAUGAGAAACACGAGAGGCCAAACGGUAUUUGCCGAAGACGCGGAUGCGAUUAGCGAAGGACGAAGCGAGGUUUUAGGAGGUCACGCGGGCGCGACGAGUAGUAGUACUUUGCCGCCGCCGAACACUCGGGGCGACGAUUUGGCGCCUCUCCUCGCUUUCGGCCUCCAAGCGUUCGCGCAAGGUUUAGCGAACGCGCAACCUCCAAACAACAACAACAACAACACUCCAAACAACAACAACAACAACAACAACAGGAGACCGUCGCGAUGA